CACAAAAGCACACCCUACAAUCAGUGCCAUCUGAGACAAUAUACAUGGAGAUGGCUGACGGUAUGCGAAUUACGACAGUUGAAAUGCACACGGGUGGGGAACCGCUCCGGGUUGUCACUUCCGGUCUGCCCGAGAUCAGAGGGAAAACUUUACUGGACAAGCGGCGCUACAUCCGCGAAAACUUGGACCACAUCCGGAAAUUCCUGAUGUUCGAGCCCCGGGGUCACUAUGACAUGUACGGCGUGUACCUCGUCGAACCGGACGAACCGGGCGCCGACCUAGCCUGUAUUUUCAUUCACAACGAGGGGUAUUCUACAAUGUGCGGCCACGCGGUUCUCGCACUGGGGCGGUACGCCGUAGACAAAGGGAUAGUACGCAAUCCAACGGCCCCUUCCACACGCGUUGUAAUCCAGUGCCCGUGUGGACCUGUGGAGGCGCACGUGGAAUAUACCGAGGGCGGGCAGACAGGCGCCGUCGCAUUCAACAGCGUCCCUGCUUUCCUGUACAUGAAAGACGUGGAAGUAGACGUGCCCGGUACAGGCGUGGUUACGGUUGACGUCAGUUACGGCGGCGCGUUUUAUGCUCUCGUGCCUGCGUCCAGACUCGGCCUUGACCUCUCCACGGCGUCCAUACAGGACAUAAAACAAAAGGCGGGACAAGUUACUGACAUCCUGCGGCCCAGCCUCCAGUUAUCCCACCCCGACAGUCCUGACCUCGCCUUUUUAUACGGUACCAUAGUAACGGACGGAAAUGACAUAUUUUCUGACAAAGAGACGGCCAAUGUCUGCGUAUUUGCCGAAAGAGAGGUAGACCGAAGUCCAUGUGGAUCUGGAGUGACCGCGCGAAUAGCGCAACAGUAUUUUCGCAGUCUGAUCAAACUUGACCAAAGUCGGGAGUUCCGGGGCCCCGCGGGGUCGAAGUUCAAAGCCCGAGCAAUAAAGGAAGUCCGAUACGGACCACAUGAUGCCGUGGUAGUUGAAGUUUCUGGGAAGGGGCACUAUUCGGGGGAAUGUACAUUUACUCUUGAAGAUGACGACCACAUCGGGAAAGGCUUUCUACUUAAGUAGAGGAAUUUUGGGUUGAAUAGGUCAGUGAUAUAAGCCCCACCUAGGGCAAGUUAUCUUAGCCUCUCAACUAGUUGAAGUGUUUACUCCGUUUCAAGAAGCGGCACUCAGAUUCACAGUAGUUUGAUGGGAAUGACAUCCUGCUUUGGUGUCAUAUGACCUGAACAAAAUUCAGUGACAUUUAACCUAUAAUAUAAAAAAAAUAAUCUUGCUUCUAUGCUUUGAAACAGAUUUAUCAAAGGGGUCACUCCUACCAACUUUCUAGCAUAAAAUAACUAUGAAUUACUGCAGUUUAACAAUGUCAGAAAUCAGAAAAAAAUUAAAUGUUUUCGGAUAAAUGUCACUAAAUUAUUUACAAGUCAUAUGACACCAUAGCAGGAGUUUUUUUACAAUCAAACUACAGUAACUGUUCUUAGAUUUAUCACUGAGUAAGGGAAAUAAUGUGUGCAAAAAAUAUUAAGUAUCGAGUUUUUAAAUUUUUAAGUAAAAUCAAAGCAUUGAAUGUACUGAAGCUGCGACUGUCAAGAAAGUGAUGCUUGAUUAAAUAAAUAAACGAUGAAAUAUUGUAAGGUCGGAGCAACCUAGACGGUUAGUCGUGGGCAAGACGUUGUUUAACAGCAACUUGGAUAAAAAAAGAAAGAAUAUUGUGGACAAAUAUAAGACAGUAUUUAACAUAUUCUUGGAUUGAUGGUUUCAUUUCCGCAAAAUUCGCAUUCCCCAUGUCCUAAGUAGUUAUCAACAUACAUAAAUGUGGGCCAUAUUUUAAUACAUACUAACAAUAACGAACUUAUAUCUAUAUCAAUGCAAGUGAGAAAAAUAAGAUGAAAGCUUGCUUUCACGUUCAGUGAAAGCUGUAUAUAUAAACAGCAACUGAAUAUAACGACAUUCUCCUUAUACGGACGAUGAUAGCUGGUCCAUUCACUUUGUUGUGUAAACCAAGCCACAACCUGCCCAUACCGACAGAGAUAGUAGAAACCAGCUGCUGAUAUUCAAUAUAAGUGUAACGGUAAAAGUAACGGUAUAAUGCAUAGAGCCACUUGAGCAGGGUUUGAUUGGAAACAGUUUUGUGCUAUUGCCAGAUGUAUAUAAAUAUAUGCGAGAUGCAUUCCGGUUGUAUCUGGUGAAAAUAAAAUAUGACAUGGCCGAAUUAAUAAAAUAACCAACCAUU